AUGGGAUAUGUUGCUGUGGAAACGGUUUGCCUUAGUGUUGACGCGGGUAACGGAACAGGCGGUAUGGUGGCAGUGGCAGCGUGUGGUGGAUGUGAGUUUUUCGGGUUGGUGUUGGAAAGGGUUGUCGUGGGUGGUGGUCGAGCGGGCAGCGGAGGUGGAGGUUCUAGGCCGAGUCGGGCGCAAAAAUGCAAGAGUUGUUGUACCGCGAGAAAACUCCACAUGGUGUCAAACAUUGACAUGGUAUGCGAGGCUUGUUGGGCGGCAAUAGCUUCUUGUUGGAUCACUAGUCGGUCGACCAUAUCAACUAAGGUCGUGACGCCUUCUUCGAAGCUUGUACGAGGAGCCAAACGAAAUGAAGCCAAAGUUGGGUUCAAUUUCGAAAGUAGCUUGAAAUCCUUAAGAAGUUCUUUGACAGAGAAGGAUAUUGGCGGAAAUGUUGAUUUACAAGUGUUUAAUUUAAGCACAAUAACUAAAGCAACCGAUAGUUUUUCUUGUUCAAACAAGCUUGGAGAAGGUGGCUUUGGAACCAUUUACAAGGGUAAGCUACUAAAUGGCCAAGAAAUUGCUGUCAAAAGAUUAUCGCAAAGUUCAGGUCAAGGGAUGCAAGAAUUCAAGAACGAAGUGACGUUAAUCGCGAAACUCCAACACAGGAACCUGGUCCGACUUUUGGGAUAUUGUUUUCAUAAGAAAGAAAAGAUGUUAGUUUACGAAUACUUACCAAACAAAGGCUUGGAUUCUUACAUCUUUGAUCAAGAUAAGGCAUUUCUUUUGGACUGGAAGAAACGGUUCCAGAUCAUUCAAGGAAUUGCUCGUGGACUAUUAUAUCUUCAUCAUGAUUCUAGGUUGAGGAUCAUCCAUAGGGAUCUAAAAGCAAGCAAUGUUUUGCUAGAUACAAAUUUAAACCCUAAAAUAGCGGAUUUCGGAAUGGCAAAAAUAUUUGGAGGGGAUGAAGAAGAAGGUAAAACACGUAGAGUUGUCGGAACAUACGGCUACAUGUCUCCUGAGUACGCAAUGCAAGGCCUUUUCUCAGUAAAAUCUGAUGUUUUUAGCUUUGGAAUUCUUGUUCUGGAAAUAAUUAGUGGGAAGAAAAACAACAGCUACUCUAAGGAGAGCUCAGUUCAUUUGAUCGGGCAUGUUUGGGACUUAUGGAAACAAGAAAAACCAUUGAUGGUAGUUGACUCAUCAUUAGGAGACACAGUCAAUGUGGAUGAAGUUCUUUUAUGCAUCCAUGUCGGGAUGUUGUGUGUUCAAGAAUUUGCUGCUGACCGACCUACUAUGACUGAAGUAGCUUUUAUGUUGAGUAAUCAUGACACAAUUCUUCCUUCUCCUAACCAACCAGCAUUCAUCUUUAAACAACUAAAUUGUGGUAGGAACUGUGAUGUUGGCUCUGGAAAUGAUGAAGCCAUCACCAUCCUUCAUGCUCGGUAG